UAAUAGACAGAGCUGCAGUUGCGGCAGUGAACCUAUUGUAUAUGUUAAGACAAAAUACGCAUUUUGAAACGAAAUAUUGAACAGUGACGUUUAGGAUGGAUCCUUGAGUUCGCAGGUUCUGUGAGCUGAGGAUUCUUCGCUGUGUGCACUACCAGCAUAAAAUAUAUAUUUCAUAUUGCAUAUAAAUGUUAUAUAUUAUUUAAUCCUCUUUAUUAUAGUGGCCUAGGCAUCUUGUUUAUGUUGUUGUUGCCUGCUGACCGGUCCAAGAUGGCGGUCGUAUUUCUUGCGCCAGAGCAGCCAAUGCGGCCUCUAUUGUUUAUUAUGUCUGUUGUGAUGUUGUGGCCACGUCGAUGACGUGACUACGUCAAUGACGUGACUUUGACGAACACGCAACAGAAAGGUGUGUGUUCGCCUAAGGCCCUACAGGUGUCGCUGUAUAGCAAGCCGUUUUAACAUUCAAACGCCAUUCAAAAGUUUGACCAUCCGGAAUUAACAGUGUUGAUAUCAACAACGUCUUUCCGACUGGGCGUAAUUUCAUUUUGGACAGUGGGAGUUGUCAUUUGAGAUAUCUGUAACGUAAUUUUGACGAGCCGAAACGACAGUUAGAGGUACAGUGUCUAGAACAUAAUUUCGCCUAGUCAAAACGCAGGAGGUUUGUCUGUUUGUGUGUACGUCCGGGGUAUAGUGGUGAUGAAGGGAGAGGGGGCACGCGGAGAAAAACGUUCUGGCUGCUGAUUGGUCUAGAAAUAUGGACUCAUAGAUGACGCGUAGUUCCGGGUUUUCUAUGUCUCGAGAGGAGGUAACUGUCGGUCAUUCGUGAACGGCACACACGGCAGUUGACUGUGGAAGGAUUUAAUCCUUCUCUCUGGGACGUCAGGGCCAAUAAUAUUAGAAAUAUUGCGGUAAGAAGGCAGCAUGCAUCUCCAGGUUGACUCUGUACUCCAGUCCAUCCUCCUGUUCCCGGUCCACCUGCUGGUCUGGCUGUACUCUGUUCUGUCCUUCCUGCCCUGGUACUACAUGACUGGUGCUGGUCAAAAGAAAGUUAUGUCCAAGCGGGUCAAGGCCCGUUCCACCUCGGGCUGCACCGAUGGACCGUACCGCUCCAUAGAUCACUUUGACCGCCUGGCCAAGGAGGACUUCCCGGGCAAGGACACACUGGACAAGCUGUUUGAUCACGCCGUGGAGCGCUUCGGGGACGCACACUGCCUCGGCACCAGAGAUGUUCUUAGUGAGGAGAACGAGAUGCAGCCCACGGGCAAAGUCUUUAAAAAGCUGAUCCUGGGGGAGUAUCGAUGGCUGUCGUACAAUGACGUCGACUCCGUUGUCAGUCAGUUUGGGAGUGGACUGGCAGCUCUGGGACUCCAACCCAAAAGCACUAUCGCAAUUUUCUGUGAAACCAGAGCAGAGUGGAUGAUCACUGCUCAGACCUGCUUCAGGCACAACUUUCCACUGGUGACAUUCUACGCCACCCUCGGAGAGGAAGCGAUUGUGUUUGGUCUGAACGAGACGGGCGUUUCACAUUUGGUCACAAGUGCAGAGCUGCUGGAGACUAAGCUGAAAGAUAUACUUCACCAGUGUCCCAAACUGAAGCAUGUGGUCUACGUGGACCAGAAGAAAGUGAGCACAGAAGGCUACCCCGCAGGAACCUCCAUCCACAGCAUGCAGUCGGUGCUGGAGUUGGGCGUGCGGCCUGAACACGUGGGGAGAGAGAUAGUGAGGCCCGAACCUUCUGACCUGGCGGUGAUCAUGUAUACCAGCGGCUCCACGGGCCGACCCAAAGGAGUGAUGAUCAUCCACAGUAACCUGAUCGCAGGAAUGACGGGACAGUGCGAACGCAUCCCUGGACUGGGACCCAAAGACACGUACAUCGCUUAUCUGCCUCUGGCUCAUGUUCUGGAAAUGACCGCGGAGAUCUCCUGUGUCACAUACGGUUGUAGGAUUGGCUACUCCUCACCACAGACGUUGUCAGACCAGUCCACUAAAAUAAAGAAGGGCAGUAAGGGCGACUGCUCGGUGCUCAGACCCUCCCUGAUGGCAGCUGUGCCAGAAAUUAUGGACCGGAUCAACAAGAAUGUGAUGAGCAAAGUGCAGGAAAUGAACAUCAUCCAAAAGACUCUGUUUACACUGGGCUACAAAUAUAAACUGGAGCAGAUCAAGAGGGGCUAUGACGCACCUCUCUGCAACGCGCUGCUGUUCAAGAAAGUCAAAAAACUGCUGGGAGGACGAGUGAGGAUCAUGCUGUCGGGGGGGGCGCCCCUCUCCCCGGCCACGCAGAGGUUCAUGAAUGUGUGUUUCUGCUGUCCAGUGGGUCAGGGCUACGGCCUCACUGAGACCUGUGGAGCAGGCACCAUCACAGAGGUGGCGGACAUCAGCACCGGCCGCGUCGGAGCUCCUCUGAUCUGCUGUGAGAUCAGACUCAGGGACUGGGUUGAAGGUGGCUACACCAGUAAAGACCAGCCCAACCCAAGAGGAGAGAUCCUGAUUGGGGGGCCAAACGUGACCAUGGGCUACUACAGGAAGGAAAACAGCAACCAGGACUUCUUUGUGGACGAGACGGGUCAGAGAUGGUUCUGCACCGGGGAUGUGGGAGAAAUUUUCCCGGAUGGCUGUCUCCAAAUAGUGGAUCGCAAGAAAGAUUUGGUCAAACUGCAGGCGGGCGAGUACGUGUCCCUGGGCAAAGUGGAGUCGGCGCUGAAGAACUGCCCUCUGAUCGACAACAUCUGUGCCUACGCCAACAGUGACCAGAACUACGUGAUCAGCUUCGUGGUUCCAAACCAGAAGCAGCUGACGGCCCUGGCCAAACAGAGAGGCAUCAUGGGAACGUGGGAGGAACUCUGCACUCACCCUGAGAUGGAGAGCGUAGUUCUGAAGGAGAUCAAACUUGUUGCCACUAACAUUAAACUACAGAGGUUUGAGAUUCCACUGAAGGUCCACCUGAGUCCUGAACCAUGGACCCCUGAAACCGGUCUGGUCACAGACGCCUUCAAGCUCAAGAGGAAGGAGCUGAAGAACCACUAUCUCCACGACAUAGAGAGGAUGUACGGAGGAAAGUGACAGAGUCACAGUCACCUGAUCUGUCUGUAGUUUCAUUGGUCCAUCAAUGUCAUCGGUCAGUUUUACUGUGGUUUGUUCAUCACAGAUUUCCAAGUCUUGAAAUGCUGUAAAUAGUUGAAGCUGCUCCAGAUAUUUUUUUUUCUGUUUACAUUUUGAUUCUCACAGAAUUCCAUACGAAGGAUUAUAGAAGAUUGUUCUAGAACCAGAUGCCAUCCACUCUUAGUUCGACACUCUCUAACUGUAGUUGUCUUCCAGUGAUUUUCAAUGCCUCCUUGUUGUUGUUUAGUUGUUGUUGUUGUUGUUGAUGAAUUCGCUAAAAGUAUAACCAGUCCUGUUGAUUAGACGCUUCUGUGACGUUGGAGUACUUUUGUUACUGUGCCUUCGGUCUGCAGUACUUGUGUGGUCGCGCAGAUGUAAGUGGCAUAAAUAAGAGAAACAAGUUUGUGGUGUUUGUUACAGAGGAAAAGGCCAAACUGCCAUGUUAAUGUUUACUGGAGGCUAAAGGAAAAAAGACCCCGGUCCCUAAACCACUGAGGACGGAGUUGAUGACCGUGUCAUCAACUCUCUGUGAUGUUUUAUUUAUUUAAAUAAACGUGUGUGAACAUGACUCAGGAAGAAACAGUUUUAAUAUAUAUAUAUAAAAUGAGGGGAAGUGAUGACCUGAUGAACAGUCAAAACUGUGGAGCUUCUUUUCCUGCACUCUCUCGCUUCUACAUGAGCUGUAGGUCACAGCUGGCCUUCUGAAGUAUAGUGACCUCAUUCACAGUCAGCGUACCAUCUGACGCUUGUUGGAUUUCAGCCAUGCUCGUGUUGUUGUCGGAGGUUGUGUAUUUGAGUACUUUUCCCCAACUGUUUGGUUGGAUUCGUCAUCCGACCGUUGAAGGGGCAGAUGUUCACACCUUUUCCAGUCGGUUGUACAAUGAUUCUAUUUGUAUUUAUUAGACCAUUUUUCACUUGCCUUCAACAUUUCUGAAAUAAACUUUUGUAAACGGGA